GAAAAAUGAAAAUACGUUUGGAUUGUUCGGAUAUUUGAUUCGGAAGCGACGCCAGAUUUGCCAUGAUUUUAAGUAAUGCUGUUAUUAUCAUAAUCUAUUACUUACACUGUUUACAAAAUAACCGCAUAACUAGAAAAUAUUAGGAGGCCGAAUAAAAAUGAUGAGGAGGAACUCCGUAGUAAUUGAAGCUGUGGUUUCGAUAUUGAUAUGUUCAGUCAUUAACGACGUUUCAGGCGUAUUUUUCGGUUCUAGUGAUUUGACUUAUUGGAGAUGCAAAUUCAAACAAACGUUUCAGUGUCCGGAUCCCGACGUGACGUUUUUCUUGUACACGAGUGAUCUCAGGAGAAGGAUUAAAAUCGAUAUGAGAGACAAGUGGUCGUUAUACAACAGUGGUUGGAAUCCAAAUAAAAAAAACGCUAUCGUCAUACAUGGGUUUAACGGAGCGGAAAAUAAUACGUACAUGGUCAUACUAAGAAACGCUUACUUGAUGCGUGGAGAUUUUAACGUAUUUAUGGUAGACUGGAGUCCGUUGACCGUAUACCCCUGUUACCUGUCAUCGUUGAGAAAUACGCGUUUAGUGAGUCAGUGCACCGCUCAACUUUACGCCCAUCUCACUUAUUCGGGCGCUUCCGCUCACAGAAUACACUGCGUCGGCCACAGUCUCGGGGCCCACAUAUGUGGCAUGAUUAGCAAUCACUUAACAGAAAGACAGCACAAGAUCAUCGGUUUAGAUCCGGCCAAACCUCUGAUAGACUUGUUUACGAUGGACGAAUUUCGAUUGACGAGGGAUGAUGCUGAUUUCGUAGAAGUUAUACACACAAACUCAGGAGUUUAUGGAGAGUAUCCUCAAAUAGGACAUGUCGACUUUUGCAUCAAUGGUGGCCGCAUGCAACCAAUUUGCACUAGUCAAGCAAAUAUCAUACAACAAUCGCGGUGCAGUCAUUUCAAGAGCGUUUGUUAUUAUGCAUUGUCACUUUCAAGAAGGCACAACAUGUUUUUGGGUGUACAAUGCACGGAAACCUGCGACUCGGUGGUGCUUCCGUCAUUUUCAAACCGGAUCGAUGUCAUACCCAUGGGCCUACAAACGCCAGAAUGGGUUAGAGGGACAUUUUACGUCKCAUACGAAGAUCCAGAUAAUUUUUGCCGAUUCAAUGGAUAAUAACGAACAUAUUAAGUGUAAACAAAACUCAAAAGUACAUAUAAACUUACCUAAUGGUUUGAUCUUCUAUUAAGUCAAUUUUAAUAUCAAGUAUUUAUAUAGUUUUCUAUUACCUCAUGUUGUACAAACUGACUAGAAUGCAACAAUUAUUGUUGGGUGUGUUAUGUUUGAUUGAUCAUAAUGUCAUUGUAU